CCGACCACGUGUCAACGUAUGCGGAGUUUGUGCAGACGCACAGCCCCUCUGGGGAGUACAUGUUCCAGUUUGAUGGGGACGAGCAGUUCUACGUGGACCUGGAUAAGAAGGAGACUGUCUGGCGGCUGCCGGAGUUUAUCCACACCUUUGACUAUGAUGCUCGGAGGGGGAUUGCUGACAUCGUCAUGGCAAGAAAGAACUUGGACACCCUGAUCCAGCGGUCCAACCACACCAGGGCCACGAAUGAGCCCCCGGAGGUGACUGUGUUUCCCAAGGAGCCGGUGGAGCUGGGUCAGCCCAACACCCUCAUCUGCCACGUGGACAAGUUCUUCCCACCCGUGCUCAACGUCACCUGGCUGCGCAAUGGGCGGGCGGUGACGGAAGGCGUGGCUGAGACCAUCUUCCUGCCCAGCACAGAGUUCAGGUUCCACAAGUUCCACUACCUGACCUUCGUGCCCUCGGCCGAGGACGUCUACGACUGCCGGGUGGAGCACUGGGGCCUGGCUGGGCCGCUCCUCGGGCACUGGGAGGCCCAGGAGCCGAUCCAGGUGCCCGAGACAACGGAGACCGUGGUCUGUGCCCUGGGCCUGCUGGUGGGCCUGGCGGGGAUCAUUGCUGGCACCAUCGUCCUGAAGAGCAGGCGACCCGACAGCGUCCCUGGGUGCAGGGCCCCCUGCGACAAGCUGUCCGUGACAGAAGAGGACGGAGGGGAGACACCAGGGUCAGGCCUACUUUGAAGCUCGAGGU